GAGAGAGAGAGAGGAGAGAGCGGCGGUUCUCCAGCGUUUGUCUGAAACUCUGUCCGGUGGCUCCGCGGGUCUGGGCGGUGAGUGUGACUCUGCUCCCCGGGCUGUGGUGUGUUGUUGUGGGCAGUGUUCUCUCCGCUCCUCCGGCGGGCGGUGGGUGAGUUAUUCCGGAGUCUUUCUCUGUGAGAGUGAGUGUUUUGACUCUGUGGGAUCAGACGGGAGGAGAGGGGACAGUCCGGCGUCAUCAGCGCAGCUCCAUGAGCCUGGACUUCCCUCUGCUGGGUAACAUUGCCGCCGGCCAGGUCACCGGAGCACAGGCUGCCCUGCGCGCGCUCCCACCCGGCGUCCACAGGCGGGAGGAGCGGCUGCGUGCGGGACCCGGGCUCGGCGGGACAGGCUGAUGGCGGGCAGGGCUCUGGAGACGGGAGGAGCGCGGGGGCUGAGAGCGGAGCUGAGCUGAAGUUUGUGUUUUUAAAUGUGAGCAAUGGAUGCCUGCGCGCAGCGACGGUGGAGGAGCGCCGCUUCAGCCCAGCUAGACCUCUCUGCUCAGUAUCAUCACAGGCUUCUGAAAGCUCUACUGGACAACAACCCCAGUCCGGGAGUGGCCAGCUGAACUCUGGAGCACCUUUUGGAUUAUCCAGACAAAAUAAAAGAUUGCUCUGUUAAAAGCUCCUAUUACUAUUACAACUACUGCUACAAUUAUUACUACUACUAUUACUACUAUUAUUACUACUACUACUACUAUUACUACUACUACUACCACUACUACAUGUUCCACAACUGCUAGUCUGCCAUAGCAUUUUGUGGUAUGGGUCUCAUCCAUGUUCAAAGGCGGUGGUGUUCCAUCGGGUGCUGACAUCAGGCAUUGGCGUCCUGGCUUGACUGAAUUGCAGCGUCCCGCAUCCGACGCAUCAUGAGUCCACGCACAGCAUCUCUCUCUGCUGGGACGGACCUGCUGAGUGUAGCUCACAGAGAGGGGGCCAAGCAGCCCCACCGAGCUCCACACCCACUCCUCCCUGCGCCCUGAACCCCACACGUGCGCUCACAGACCUGCACCACCCCUCCACCCACCCACCUGCGCACUCACAGGCUUCCAAACUGUGAUACGCAAAGGAGGGGAUGGGCAACUCGUCUCGAAAAGAAGGCGAGGAAGAAGGAGGGGAGGAGGGGAAAGACAAAGAAAAGGAGGAGGAUGGAGAAAAGGAGGAGGAAAAAGCACCAAAGGUGGAAAAAGAGGAGGCUGAGGAUGUUGAGCUGCCCUUAGGUGUGGACGAACUUCUUGCCAGUGGAGACCCCGUGCUGGACCUGAGCUACUACAAGUUUCGCCGCCUCCCUAGGCAGGUGCUGGGCCUAGAGUAUCUGGAGAAGCUGUACUUGUGCGGGAACCGCCUGCGGACACUGCCCGAUGGAAUCUCGCAGCUGCAGGGCCUGCGCAUCCUGGCACUGGACUUCAACAAAAUAGAUGACGUACCCCUGGCCGUGUGCCAGCUGGCCAACCUCACUCGCCUGUACCUUGGCAGCAAUCGGCUAAUGAGCCUGCCGCCGGACAUUAGGAACCUGCAGAGUCUGCGCUGCCUGUGGGUGGAGAGCAACUACUUCCAACGCUUCCCCAAGCAGCUUUACGACCUGCCCCACCUGCGCUCACUACAGAUAGGUGACAAUCGGUUGCGCACCCUGCCCUCUGACCUGUGGCGCAUGGAGGCGCUGCGGGGCCUAUGGCUUUAUGGCAAUCGUUUUGAGGAGUUUCCUCGGGUGCUUCUGAAGAUGGAGCAACUGGAGAUCCUGGACCUAGACCGCAAUCGCAUUUCUGAGUUCCCAAGCCUGCUGCACCUUCCUGCCCUCCGGCUCUUCUCCUACGACCACAACCCCGUAAAGGGGCCUCCACGUGUUGGGGAGGAGGUGGUGAUCGUUGGGGAAGGGGCAGAAGAAGCCCUUCAAACCAGGGAAAGAAGAAAGGAAGCAAAGGAGAGAGCGCAGAGGGAAGCGGAGGAGGCCGCCGCUGCCGCAGCAGCUGCUCCGGUCAUUAUUGGAAUACUGAAGAAACUUAGGAUGAGUAGCAGCUCUUUGGCAGCAGCAAGUGAUACAGCAGCCGCAAAUGGGACAGUUCCAUCAGCACCUUCAGCUGAGGAUGAGGUGGGAUUAGAGGCAAAAGAGGAAGAGGGGGAGCCUGAAAGGCCUACAGUAGCACUUGAAGAAGCCGUACUUGAAUACGAGGAGGAGGGGCUGGAGUAUGAGAGGGAGGAGCUUAUAUGCGAGGGUGAGGGGUAUGAAGGGUAUGGAGGGGCAGAGUUAGAGUAUGAGAGAGCUGAUAUGGACUAUGAAUAUGAAGGGGAGGAACCUGAGUAAGAAGAAGAAGCAUGAUCAUUGACUUUAAACCCUUUAAACUCUUAGAAGCUUAAAUUGGUUUGCACUAAUUUGAUUUGGGUUUUUUCAAAAACAUUAGUUUUCCAGGUUUCACAGUGUUUUAUUGCAAAGAACUUGGCUAAAGCAUGAAGUGUGAAAAAUUCUAAUCUGGACUAUUGCACACACAACAGUUCCAACAGCAUCAUGUUCUUAGUUGGUCUGUGCUGGUUACAGAAUCUGCUUAUUCAAGUAACUGGAAGUACUUUUUUCUUUACUUUGUUUUUUUUCCUCCACAAAGCAUUUACAUUCCUUUUCUUCUGAUUUGUGGCAUUGUUAACAUUCCAUUUACCUUGGAAGUUGGAUGUCAGAUCUGGGAAAGACAUCACACUUGAGUUGCCAGCACUCCAAUUAAACAUUCAGAUAACUGUUCCAUUCAGCUUACCACAAUUGGUUUCAAAGGUUUGCAUUGCCCCAGGUUGGCAUUGUUAGCCAUUUCAGUUGAUAAGCAGUAUUUUGCAUAUCCAAAAGCCAUGAAAACAGGCAAAGAAGUUGGACAGUACUGGCUGUCAAUAAAACGAAUAAUACUACAGCUGUUCACUAAAACACACUACUUAAGGACUGUCAUACCAGUCAUUCAGAACCUUUAAAUAGAUGUGUUUUGCAAAUGUUUUAAAACAGUGUACAAUUAACAGAAUUUUUAACUGAAACACUGUCAACUUUGGUGUGAUGUCCAUCCCAGCAUCAAAAUCUCACAUCUGACAUGAAUGGAACACAGCUUUUAUCUUUGUGAAAUUAUAUAACAUAACAGGGCACUUAAGUAAACAUUACGGUUAUAAUACAUUGACACGUUUUGCCACAAAUUAAGUAACAAAGAAGUAAUUAGGAACAAAGAACCAAACUGAAGGUCAAGCCAUUUUUACUACUUAGCCUGAAAUUUUCUUGUCUGAGACUAUUUACCUGAUGUUCAGUUGUAUAAGGGCUGAAAUAUGACACUGUUUUUCAGAGCUGCUUAGUCCGAUAUGUGACACCUUGUGACAAGUUGAGGAUGUUCUAAAAUGUUUAGCAUAGCAUAUGAAUACAAGCUUAGCUACUUGUUGAAUAGCACACGAUGGUCCAAAUCCCCCCUUAUUAUGUAUCAUCUUUGGUAAUCAGUGUUCUGAUACCACUCCAAAGUUCAGUUUUCUUAGUUUUUUCUUUGAGUCAUCUGUUGGAUUGUGUGUAAGUUUUGAGAAAGACAUUUUUCAAAAUAGCCAUAAUUGUAAAACACUGUGAAAAUGGAAAAAAUGUUUUUGAGAAUGUUUUUUCUUUAACGCAAAAGGACAGGUGAGGGGAUUUUUUGAAAAAAGACUAUAUUGUAAAGUAUGCUGUAAAGGGGUGAAAUGCUCUAUCAAGGCUGCUGUGAAUUUUUCUAUAACAAUGUCUCCAGUAGUGAGACAGAACCAGUACAAGACUCUUACCAACCGGUUGAGCAAUUAAUUUAUUCUCUUAAAAAAACCCUGUGAAAACCAAUGAAACUGCACAUUUGUUAUGAGCUGCAGCUUUAUAUAUUAUGAGUAAGACUCAUACUUUUUGAGAAUGUGUGUAUGUGUGUCUGGCAUGCAUGGGUGUGAGAGAAAGCGAGAGAGUGUGUGUAAUUUUACUCCUCCCCGGGUGUACUGUAUCUGGAAUAGGAUACUGCGAUUGCUGUGAUGUGUGUGGGUGAAACGAAAUCUUCUCUCAUUAAAUAAUCAUUGAGUUUG